AUGGAGCACGUCGUUCACGUUUCCCAGGUUUUGCCUCACAAGACUACACCAGACCACCAGGACGAGUCUCUCACAAAAAAUGAUGUUCACUCGCCAGGUGAAAUGGAAGCUGGCUAUGACUACUCUUCGCCCACAUCGAAUAACUCCGACAUACGGCUCCCACCAUUGAAGCAAGAUCUGCAUCCUCUCCCUAUUGAUGUUCGAAAAAUCGCCAACCCGGCCCCCCUCGGUCUAUGUGCUUUUGCACUUACAUGCUUCCUUACAAACCUCAUCAACCUCAAAGUUGGAAAUGUCGAAUCGGCGGGAGCCAAUCUCUCUUUGGCUUUGAUAUACGGUGGCUUGGUUCAGAUUUUGGUGGGCAUGUGGGAAAUGGCAGUGGGUAAUACAUUCGGUGCUACGACGUUUACUUCCUUCGGUGCCGCCUGGGUCAGUUCUGCCCUGACUUCGACGUUCGACAAUCCCGAGACACUCAAAGACGCGGCAAAUGCAACAUGUCAAAACGAGUACUUGACUGGACUUCUUAAUCUGUCUUGGUUUAUAUUCACCACCCUCAUGCUCCUUUGCACCCUAAAGUCGAGUCUUGCGAUGUUCUGCCUGUUCUUUUUCUUGGACUUGAACUAUCUUCUCCUCGGCAUUGCGCAUAUUGAAUGCGCCUCUCAUGGCGCGGUCCUCAUUGCCGUGCAGAAGGCCGGCGGAGUUUGCGGAAUAUUAGCUGCCUUUUCAGCUUGGUGGAGUGCCUUUGCCGGAGUUUGCGACCCAAGCAAUGGUUUCUUCACUGUUCCGCUCGGUCACUUCCCUUGGUCCCCGGCAGCCCGUCUUCACCGGUCCAAGUCCAAGGAAAUGUGA